AUAGUGAUUUCCUCUUAAUGUGAAACUGAUGCUGAGCUCAGCCUCAGCAGAGCAGAUAAAAACACAAGCAGAGGAGGAAGACAGCACAGAGUCUGAGUGACUGAGUGCACUCAAGCUGCCAACAGAAACUUUAUGAGAUGGAUUCUUCACGACUUCUAUUCUCCGUCUUCUUCCUGCUGAUAACCACGUCUGACUGUUCAGACACAGACGAGCUCCAAUGUCUUGAUAUGGACAAUGAAACAUUUCACCGACUUGAAGGUGAAGCGUUUUAUUUCCUGCCUUAUGUUCUAAUGGACGGAAAUAUCCCAGAUGAAAACAUCACAUGGCACAAAAACAACUCAGAGGAAAUCUCAAACAGCGAGGACAAAAUGGUGCAUUACCAUGGAGGGGCUCUCUUUUUCCUAAACCUUCAAAUCGAGGACUCUGGAUUUUACACUGCCCAGCAUAGAACCAGCUCGGGAAAGUGUUUCAACUAUCACUUAAAACUCGUGGUCUUCGACAAAAGCCAUGCAAACACAGACGUCCUCUUUCUUACAGUCAGCGGAGGUUCCAAAAACAGAAAGAUCCCGUGUCCAGAUAACGUCAAAGAGACGUGUCGUGUAUUCGGAGGAAAACUCUCGUGGGAGAAGGACUCCAAUAUUUUCCCAGACCAACCUGACGCUCAGCUGUGGAUUAUGGACGUUAACAAAAGUCACGAGGGCAUCUACACGUGUGUUUGUACCUGGGAACAUCAUGAGAAGGAGUACAAGACGUCCGGCUCCAGAAAGCUAAAAGUUGAAGAUCAAGUUGUCGUGAAACCACCCAAAAUCCUCUCUCCAGCCAACAAGGAGCAGUUUGCAGAUGAAGGACUUGAGAUCAAGCUGAACUGCUCAGUGUUGUGUGGAAAAAAUGUGGGAAUUGACUGCCUAGCUAACUGGCUAAUUGAUGGGAGGGAUAUCAGGCAGAUUGAAGGAUACAAUCUCACCACCAAAAGAGAGGACCCUGCAGAUGGUACGACUGUCACUGCAAUCCUGACCAUCAAAAGAGUUUCUGCUAAAGAUUUCCUGGCUGAAUUUACAUGUGAAGUUCAUGGAGGUUUCGCAUCAGCAAAUGCAACUUUAACUCUGAAGCCGAAAGAGUCUAAAACUCCACUUAUCAUUGGAGCAUUGAGUGUGUUGUUCUUCUGCGUCUUUGCCGCCGUGCUGAUUAAGUACUUUGCCAUUGACCUUGCUCUCCUCUUCAGACCGUACUUCACACUUGCGCUUAACAAUAAAGAUGGGAGGGUCUUCGAUGCCUACGUAGUUUAUCAAACACAGGACCUGGACAAGCCCUCUGAAGACACAUUCAGUCUUUUUGUCACAAAGAAUUUGCCCUCCGUCCUCGAGGAAAAGUGUGGAUAUCGACUUUUUAUCCAGGGGAGGGAUGACAUACCUGGAGAAGACCGUCUGGAGCUGGUGGAGGACCGCAUGAAUCAGAGCAGGAGGCUGAUGGUCAUCCUCACCCCGGGUUCAGGAUCAGAAUCCAGUCCCACCUCGCCUCAGAACUCAGUAAUCGGAGGUUUCGACUGGCAGGUGGGGCUCCAUCACGCGCUGGUCCAGAGGGAAAUGAAUGUCAUUCUGAUCCAGCUGGGGGACAUGGGGCCAGAGGGAUACGCACACCUUCCUCCGGGCCUGCAGCACCUCAUUCACAAGAGCGCCCCCAUCAAGUGGCCAGAGGAGUCGCGAGGCGCUUCCGCAUAUAACUCUCGCUUCUGGAAGAGAGUAAGAUACCUGAUGCCUGUCACACCCGCCAAAAAAGACUCCCAGUCUUCAAUUAUUUAAACUCUUUUUGGACUCAGGUUUAAUCUGGUCCUCAGGAAUGGCUGAUGUAAUGAAGAAAAACGGAAGGUGGGUCCCGUUUAUAUAGAAGUGUUUAAAGGCAGGAUUGGUCAUUUUCUCCAGAUAGACUUUUUAAGAUUUUGGUUGAAAUUGUCUUUAGGUCCUGAGAGACAUUAAAUAACUCAUGUGCUCUGAAAAAGGAACAAAGAAAAUCCGUCACCUGUAGCAGUUUGUAAGCCUGUAAAGACUUCAACCAAUGUCUGCCACGAUGUACCAAUCUGAUGAACCAAUCACACGCCUCCCUGUCUCCCUGCUCGCUCUCUGACCAAUGCAUGCACGAGCCCACACUCAAAGCAUAAGCUGAGCUACGCUUCUGGACCAACGACGCUUGUGCAUGUAAGUGAGGGGCGUGGCUUUAGAGGGAGCACAGAGGGGAGGGGGUGGGUGCAGACGGGGCACUGAGGGAAUGCUACUUUCAAAAUCAUGCUAGUUUUCGAAAAUUACCAACCCUGCCUUUAAUGUACAGUUAAUGAAAACAUGCAAACAGUCCAGGUAGAUUCCUAUAUUUACUGUAGAUUGACAAACAUGUCUAUUACUCAGUCUUUAUUUGUAUAGCACCAAUUCAUAACAAAUAUUAUCUCAAGACACUUUUCCAAAAAGCAGGUAAAAGACAUAUCUAUUUCUUAAAUUACAAAGACCCAACAUAACAUUUAGCAAAGUUAUAAGUUCCUUUAAGAGGCAGAAGUGCUGCAACUGCGCUGGGCUUGAAAAAUGUGAUGGAGGGAGACGCAAGGCGAAGGUUCGGGACAAACAGAAGGCGGUCCAGUGCAGAAGGUCAUCCCCACCAACGAUCCAAUGAGAGUUUGUACAUUUCAUUUGUCAUUUUGGUUCAAGUCCCGGUGCAGACCAAAUCCGGAAGUUGGUCUGGUAGCUGGAGAGGUACCAGGGCACUUCCCGAGCACUGCCGAGGUGCCCUUGAGCAAGGCACCGAACCCCCAACUGCUCUGGUGCGCUCUCUGGUUAGCAGCUUGUAGCAGCCCCACUCUGACAUCUCUCCACUAAUGCAUGUUCACAGAUCCUGCUUGUGUAUGCGUGUGAUUCGGGCCUAUGUGUGUGAGAAGCAUGUCCCUAUAAAAUAACAGAGUGUAAACCGAAUUUCCCUCA